AUGAAACGAGCUGAAACGAGUCCCUUACGAUUCCCCACAUGGCAGUUUGUUGUCGUUCAUGCUAGUAGUCUGGCCAUCCAUGCUAGUAGUCUGGCCAUCCAUGCUAGUAGUCUGACCAUCCAUGCUAGUAGUCUGGCCAUCCAUGCUAGUAGUCUGACCAUCCAUGCUAGUAGUCUGGCCAUCCAUGCUAGUAGUCUGGCCAUCCAUGCUAGUAGUCUGGCCAUCCAUGCUAGUAGUCUGGCCAUCCAUGCUAGUAGUCUGGCCAUCCAUGCUAGUAGUCUGGCCAUCCAUGCUAGUAGUCUGACCAUCCAUGCUAGUAGUCUGGUCAUCCAUGCUAGUAGUCUGGCCAUCCAUGCUAGUAGUCUGGCCAUCCAUGCUAGUAGUCUGGCCAUCCAUGCUAGUAGUCUGGCCAUCCAUGCUAGUAGUCUGGCCAUCCAUGCUAGUAGUCUGACCAUCCAUGCUAGUAGUCUGGUCAUCCAUGCUAGUAGUCUGGCCAUCCAUGCUAGUAGUCUGGCCAUCCAGAACCACAACACCAGGCUGAAUCUACUGCAUGGAAGCGCGCACAUCGAACGUGACAAUCAGGAGGCGAGGAUCACAGAGAUCCAUAGCAUCGUCCACUGGCUCCCAGAGAAGAACCGGCAGAUGCUGGACCUGCUUACGAAACACUUGGCAAAUGUGGCCAGUCACCACCAGCAGAACCUGAUGACUGUGGCCAACCUGGGGGUGGUGUUCGGCCCCACUCUGCUGAGGCCGCAGGAAGAGACUGUGGCAGCCAUCAUGGACAUCAAGUUCCAGAACAUCGUGGUGGAGAUCCUCAUCGAGAACCACGAGAGGAUAUUCAAGGACAUGCCAGUUCCAGGAGGUGGCCCGGCCAACCUACAGUUCAACCUGCAGCCGCGGAGGAGGAGCACGGAGAGCAAGGCCCCGUCCUGCAGCGAGAGACCCCUCACCCUCUUCCACACACCCACACACUCCCAGAAAGUGGAGGAGAGGAACAGUGUGGUAGUGAACUCUACUCUAGAGCUCCAGCAGCCGCAGCCAGCCCAGGCCAAGGCCCCCCACAACAACCCUUCAGCCACCCCCUCCUCCUCAGCAGCGGUCAACCAUAACAGCAGUGGCAGCCACGGCCACAGCUGGACCCCACGCAACAGCCUGACCAGCACUGACGGAGACCAGGACAGGGGCCUGACUGCCAGGCAGAACUCACAGAGCCGCCCAAACUCACUGCUGAACCCAAAGAGCCGCACCAGUAUCCCAACGAGCCCAGCCUCACCCAGCCCCACCUCACCACGCUCCCCCUCCUGGCCGAUGUUCUCCGCACCCUCCAGCCCCCAGCCAGCCUCCUCCACCUCCAGUGACUCCUCCCCAAUCAGCAUCCCAGGCAGGCAGGCUAGGGCCCUCUACGCCUGCAAAGCGGAGCACCACUCUGAGCUUUCAUUCAUCGCAGGGACCACAUUUGAAAAUGUUCAUUCCUCCAGGGAGCCAGGCUGGCUGGAGGGCACCCUGGACGGCAGGACGGGCCUGAUACCGGAGAACUAUGUGGAGUUUGUGUAGUCCUGGAUCAGGACUGAACUGGAGAGACCACGCAGCUGCACUGUGCCCCUGCAGCUUAUUGGAAGUCUGGAGCACAGAGGGCUUCCUGCUGUGCAUGGUCAUGAAUCUGGAAUUCAGUAGCAGACUCUCUCUCUCUCUGUGUGUGUGUGUGUGUGUGUGUGUGUGUGUGUGUGUGUGUGUGUGUGUGUGUGUGUGUGUGUGUGUGUUGCAUUGUUGCUACAAAAGCUCAUUCCCCUGUUCAGACAGUCCUUAGUUCAUUGCACUGCCACUGCUUUUAGUGUCUUCUAUCAUCAGUUGAAACUUUGGAAGAUGUUUCCAUUUUGGGGCGGGAAAAAAGUAAUUGGUCUGAGGUUUGGACUGCAGUCCAACUUCUCUUCCUGUGUACUGCCUGUAGGAACAGGGCGGCUGGUAGCCUAGCGGUUAAGAGCGUUGGCCCAGUAACCCAAUGGUCGCUGGUUUGAAUCCACAAUCUGACUAGAUGAAAAAUCCAUUGUGCCCUUGAGCAAGGCACUUAACCUUAAUUGCUCUUGUAAGUCGCUCUGGAGCGUCUGCUAAAAUGUCAAAUGUCACAAUGAAUGGAGUUGACUGUGUGGGGUGCUUUCAUCUCUAAAUGAUAGGGGGGUAUUUUUCAGCGAGUAUCGCUAUAAAUGUGAGCGCCUUGGCAUGGCAACCCGGUAUUCCCCUAGACAAGAUAGACCACAACUGCUGUUUACCUACUUAUACAGUACAGCGGUGGGAGCAUCCAGAAUAUCUUAACUCUUAAUAGCUUUUUUUAUUUAAGAAAUUGGAACUACUGGGUGAAAUUGUCUCAAAAAACCUAGAAAGUUAACUUAACUGUUUUCAUUAACUGAAUUUAAUUUUUUUAUUUUCUUAACAGGUAGAGAGUGUAAAAAAUGUUUUAAUGUGAAACUAGACCACUUAUGUUAUUUAUAUACAAUUUCAAAGCUGAGAUCUGAACUGUAUUCUUUUGGAGUGUAUUAACAUUGUAAAUACAUUUGAUAAGGUAUCAUUUUUUAAGUAUCACAUUUUGUAUUGUAGCAUACUAACAGAUUUUUUUAUAGCAUCUUAGUUGCUAAAUUUUUGGGGGCAUCUAUUUCCUGUCCAUUGGGAGCCUGAAUAUUAUUUCUGAUCAAUUGAAUCAUGAACAAGGUUGUAUAGAAGAUAAUCUAUUAAAGACCAACAUUGAACUCGCA